UUAACACAAUAUAAGGCAGCCUGGUGCGGCCCAUCUCCGUUCGCAACAAACCGCUAAACAACAUCGUCGACGCGAUUACCUAACUCUCUAUACUUAGCUUCAACUCUAGCGCUCUACCAUCAAGUUUUCAUCGCUUAUAUUGCGGCGUAAUUCAUGUGUAUGUGACGACAACAAAACAUCACGAGGUAGAACAACAUCUCGGCGCAACCACAAAAUCACCACGCUCAUAACCGCGCUCUCCUCAUUCGCCUCAUUCUCCUUCUCAUAAUAAAGAGUAUCGCAGAAAUCGCGAUAUAUUCUACAAACCCUCAGACGCAUAACCCAUCUCCGCUCAUCAAGAUGGUUACUACAACAUCAACAACGUCGCAUCGCCACGGCGACGAAACCUUACACUACCACCUACCGGACACAAACGUGCGAGAGGCGGAGCUGCAGAAGUACGGAUGGAUGGAACCGAUAGUCAUUGACGACGACGACUUAAUGUUCAGUGGUAAAAGCUUGAGUGCUUGGUACGAGGAAGAGAGAAAGUCGCUUAGCAACCCGGUCGAAGAGGAACGACGGGGUCGCCAAAGAGUGAGUGUUAUCCCUUAACUUGCCAUUCACAUUCACCCCUGGACACAUAAUUGUGGCAGAGCGGGCCAUGCUGAUUGAUUACUUGCGACUCAGGUUCGACAACACAUCUCACAUAC